AUGAUUCUUCAAAUUCUAUUCCUGAUUUUUCCAAUAUAUAUCUCCGGGGAAUUCCGCCAAUCAUUUUUUGAAACCUCAAAUCGAUCUGAAGGCGACAAAAUCAUCCUCACCGCCCAUGGAAUGGGUAUGGACGACGCGAAUCGAGUGGUUAUUCCAGUAACCAACGGCCAUAUUCCACCACUUCCAUGUGUGACGUCUAAUGCUGGCACCCAUCCACACGGCUCUACAUUCACCAAGAACAAUUUCCAUUAUACAUGCAAAAAUGGGACAGCGGAAGUUGAGAGCAUGUGUUAUGAGAAUGGAAUGCAUUAUAAUGUUGGCGAUUCGUUUAGAAAUGGAUCUUUCAAAUUGACUUGUAGAGAGUCUGGGAUUUAUGUGGAAGGAUGCUAUAUGCAGAAUAGCUUCAACGACCUUUUGAUGUCCGGAGAAUCCAGAAUCGAGAAUGGAAAGCGACAUGAGUGCGAAAUUAUUGGUCCCGGAAAAGUUCGAUAUGUUGUCAAGAUGCUCGGCUGUAAUCACGAGGGACAACAAUACAGUACUGGACAAAUGUGGACCCAUCAACAUGUUAGAUAUCAAUGCAAGAAUGAUGGGACACUUUUGGUUUUGGGAUGCAUCGACGAGGGGUUAUUCAUCGAAUUGGGACGAGAUCUUCUGAUGGAAGGAAUGGUCCACCGGUGCUAUCAAGUCAAUACUACCGUAUUCUACCAUAAAUUCGCCUGUGAGCGCUCUUCUCUCGCCGAGUGUGUCUCCCAAUCGAUGCACAGAAGAGCCCGCCGGUAUGCCAAGAGAGUGGUGGCCUAG